AACAAGUGGAACAACCAAACGUAUCACCACCGUGACUUCUCCAUACGUUUGAUGUCUUCGUCAUAUAAAUUUAUGACAGUCCUCGCAACUGUCUACGUUACUCUUUGCAUAUCGGCUUAUCGAUGAAGUUGACUCUUGUGAUCUUCGAUAAUACCUUGGAAUAUUUUCGUGCUGACAGGCUGACUAUCACCAGUAAUUCUCAACAACUGGAGAUCUGCAGCUGAGAAGAUUGCCGAACGAGACGAGCUGUGUGAGGAGAUUGUGACAGAACUUUCAUCUAAAAUCGACAUCAUGAAGAGAGAGGCAGAGGCCGGCCCCAUGGCAGGCGGUGGAGGCCCAACAAAUCCUCAUAAGCGUUAUCGCCAAGGCGACGACGAACUACGGCUUCUCAUACCGAGCAAGGUGGCCGGCUCAAUCAUUGGAAAAGGCGGCCAAAACAUCACAAAACUGCGCAGUCAGUACAAAGCCUCAAUCAUUGUACCCGAUUGCCCCGGACCCGAACGGGUCCUGACAAUCAGCUCAGAUUUGGAUACUGUUCUGCAGGUGGUUAACAAGGUUGUACCGAAUCUUGAAGAGAAUGGAUCGAAGCAUGGCAAUGACGAGAUUGAUGUUCGUAUGCUGGUGCAUCAGAGCCAGGCUGGAUGCGUCAUUGGGAAAGGAGGACUUAAGAUCAAGGAGCUUCGCGAGAAAACUGGAGCAAGGAUCAAGAUAUACUCCAACUGCUGCCCUCACAGCAGUGAUCGUGUCAUUAGUAUCUGUGGGAAGCCGUCGACAUGUAUGGAAUGCAUACGUGAACUCGUUGCAACUAUUAAAACGUCUCCACUGAAGGGUGUCAACAAUCCGUACGAUCCCCACAACUACGAUGACUACUACGCCGAAGAAUACGGUGGCUAUGGAUCAGGUGAGGGCCAGGGUAAGCCAGGUGGAUUCGGCCCAGGGGGACGUGGCAGUGGUGGAGGAGGUGGUGGUGCUGGAGGUGGUGGUGGCCAGGGAAUGCCCCCAAGACGUGACGUUCGAGGUGGAGGGCCACCUGAGAUGAAUCGAGGAUUUCCACCACCACCCAGAGGUGGACCACGUGGGGGUGGCGGCAUGUCUGGACCACCAGAUCGCGGAUACGGAAAUUCUCGAGGAGCUGGAGGCGGAAGUGGUGGUUACGAAGGAGGAAAUCGUGGUGGGUUCACUGGAAAUAGAGGGGGACCACCGUCUUUCGGUGGUGGAAAUUACAAUGACAAUGGCUGGGGUAUGCAGGGAAGUGCUCCUAAUGGUAUUGGCAGUGGGGGAAAUUCGGGAAUGGGAGGGCCACCGAUGGGGGGAAAUAACCAGAGCAGCCCUGGAGGAAUGGGGGGUAAUAAAACAAGUACUCAAGUUACUAUCCCCAAAGAGCUGGCUGGAGCCAUAAUUGGCAAAGGUGGUGCGAGAAUUCGAAAAAUAAGAUCAGACAGUGGAGCCGGUAUAAUAAUAGACGAGCCAUUACCCGGCAGUAACGAUCGCAUUAUCACUAUUACCGGACUACCAAAUCAGAUACAGAUGGCCCAAUACCUGUUGCAACAGAGUGUGCACGAUAACGCAGAUCACUAUUAAACCCGCAGAAAAGACGAAUGAAAAGGGGAGCCAAAGACGUGUUUAUAACAAUUUUUUUAUUCUUUUUUUUUUGUUUUGUUAAGCAACAAAAUAUUAACAACAAAACAUCUGCCCGCAAUGAGAGCAAAGGGGAAGAAAACACUGAGGACAAUUUAUGCCUGGAGACCUUCAUUUGUAGUUUUGAAUGAAAAAAAUAAUAAUAAUAAUCUUGAGAAGAUAACAAUACAUGUCACAGGCAGGGAUGAACACGAGCCUUGAUGUGAGAAAAAGCAUAUUUUUUCAGAAGACAAUUUCCAGCAGAUUCAAAAUGAACAACAACAAUUCAAUGUAGUGUAUUUACUGAAAAAAAAAAAAAAAAAAAGAAGAUUAACGCCUUAGACUUCUAGAUUCACUGGUCAUUGGCCAAUGCGCUGGUCUAUAUUUAAGAAAUUAAUAUUAAUCAACAACAAGUGGUUUUCAAAAUGAACAUUCAUCGCUUAAUUGUAGAAGAGACAUUCAUUUUUCGUUCUUUUUCUUAUAUAAAAGUUUUCCUAUUGUGCAUUUUUUCGGAUGUAUUUAUCAGUUUCAAUGUAAAUAGGUAAUAAGCUUACUUUUGAAAAUCAACAUACCCUUUUAAUUUUAUUCUAGCAUAUAAACCCUUACGAUUCAUCAUUCUUUUAAUACAAUUUUUCUCGCUAUGAACGUGAACUUUCAGUGAACUCGAUUAAUCGAGUUUUCAUUAUUUGCAUGAAGCUCUCAACAAAAAUGAAAAUUCAAAUCAAACAUACAACCGAUGAGUGAAGAAAGAAAAAUGAUAUAUCAUGGCCUAUAUCUUUUCGAGAUUGUGUACAAUAAUAGAUAACUGUUAAGAUAACCAUUGCCAGAAAUCUGGAAUGAUUGAACACUUAAUCCAUCAUGUAGUCACUCACAUCCACAUGACGAUAAAAGAGAAGAAAUAAAUUCUAUUCCCAGAUUUUUCCUUCAUUUUCGAGUAUUUCCAAUAAUCGAAAUGUGGGAUCGACGAAAUACAAUGUAAAUAGAGUAAUGACAUUUUAUCUAGAUGUUUCUUUCGAUUCUUAAUCAACUAUAGGGACAAUGAUUUCCAAUGCACAGAUUAUUUCAGCAAUUAAUAUUAACACAACAACUAUAAAAUCAUUAAUACUAACCCAGACGUUAACAAGGACCCCCUCCCAUCUGAUGAAGAAUACAAACUAUUCGGAAAGAAGUAUAUCUAUAAUCUAGUUGAUUUAAGAUUGCAUUAAUUAACUUCAUUAAGCUUAAUGAACAGGUGAGGUUUCGAUGGAAACGUAUCACCCAAACUGGAGACAAAUUUAGAGUGAAGAAGUUCUUAUUAAUACGUGAAAUUGAAGUGAAUGAAUACAAAAUAGUUGAUAAACACGUUAUUUGAUUGACGAGAUACAACGAUAGUCCAUCGAUCCAACCUUUGCUACUUCUCUCAUAUUCAUGAUAGGAUUUAUGUUAUUUAAAUAACUCGCGUGUCUUGGAGACUGAACUCAAUUAGGCAUUCACAUGAAAAGGAAAAAGCAUUGAUAAAAUUCUCUUUGUUCUAAUGAUUAACUUCUCGUUUAUUCAUUUUCUUGUCACUUGGCUAUCUUUACCUAUCCUCAGGAAUAUCGCAAGGGCAUUUCUCCCAUAAUUUCUUUCAAUCGUUUACAACAUUACUGGAUCAUAAGUCAGAGGAUCUAUCAAUCAAAACAACUAAUAAAUUGUAUUAAAAGUAACUUUAAUAUUCAGACACGUGUAUCGGCAAUUAAAUUGCAUUUCCUUUUUUUUAAUGUAACGGAAUAAUAAUAGAGAAGAAUAAUACUACAGGAAAAACGUAAAAGCAGUUGAGUAAAUGAGAUAGUGUGGAUGACGACAAGUUGAAUUAACGAAAAACAUUGAUAAUAUAGAGAUUUAAUUGAUUAAUGAGAGGAAGACAGAGGAAGACACAAAUAUGUGUGUAUUACAAGACAUAAAGUUUACAAUUAUUUGUAAUGAAUACUUAUUAUUUGUCGAAUAAAAAUUAGUACAAACAUCAA